CACAAAAAGAGAAAGGGGGAGAAAUGGCGAAUGGAAGCCGAACCACUCCGUAAACCCCAGAACCCUCAUCAGUCGCCCCUCGACUUUCGACCCCGAAAGCGCGACCGCGACUGCAGCUCAGUUCGCCUUGCUAGCGAAGCGAAGCAAGGGAGGAGGAGGAGGAGAAGAAGAAGCAAAGACGAUGGUGGUUCGGAUCCGGUUGGCGAGGUUCGGGUGCAAGAACCGGCCCUUCUACCGGGUCAUGGCCGCCGACAGCAGAUCUCCUCGCGACGGCAAGCAUCUCGAAGUGCUGGGUUACUACAACCCCUUGCCCGGUCAAGAUGGUGGAAAGCGGAUGGGUCUUAAAUUUGACAGAGUGAAGUAUUGGCUUUCGGUUGGCGCUCAACCUUCGGACCCCGUCCAACGCAUUCUUUUCAGAGCUGGUCUCCUGCCUCCUCCACCCAUGGUGGCAAUGGGACGCAAGGGUGGGCCGCGGGACACACGUCCUGUUGAUCCACUUACUGGACGUGUCAUAAGUCCUGAGAAACAAGCUGUUCCCAGCAAAGCAGAUGAAUCCACCCCCGAAGAUGCAAAUGCUUGAGGCAGCAAGACUACCCAGUUAAACUCGGUCGCGGCAGUCUCAAUUACUUUCACUAUUCUAGAGUUUCCUUCAAAAAAUUUUGCAUAUCAUUUCACUUAGGGCCUGUGAGAGUCUGUUUUCUAAUUUUAAGGAUAGUUUUCUGUACAAAUUGACUGCUACCUGCUCCAGAAUGCUAGGAACGACCGCGUGCAGGAAAUAAAAACUUGUUUGGUGCAUGCUAUAGACCGCAUGUCUUUUAAGGGGUUGAUUGAUCCAGCGAAUGUUCAUGA